AAACAGCUGCCAUCGUACUGUGCUGCCUUUUCUUAGCACGCUAAACCUGUCAGGAAGAAGAACGUGAACACUCGAAGACGAGCAAGGCUUUCGCUCAGGCAGACAUUGUGCUGUGCAGCGACAACAGUCGAGAUACAGGACGGAGGCAAGGUAGUUCAUCAGCUGUUCACUGCUCACAGCCAAAGAGAAAAACUCUAAAGAGACAGGCCUGUGUUGGUCACCCUAUCCAAGAACAGCUUUGGGAUCCCUGGGUUCACGAGAACACCUCCUCUGAAAAGCUGCGAGAAUCACUACCCACACCUUACAGACAGUAGAGUUACUGUUAAUGUACACGGCCUUUCUGCUACAAUGAAUGACGAAGAGAAUGUCCUUGAGGUCGAUGACACAGUCGCAAUGACUCCUGAAAAUAAAUCUGAAACUCCUUCAGAACUUAAAAAGGCGCCUCCAGUGGCACCCAAACCUGCCUGGUUUCGCCAGAGUCUGAGGAAAAUUAAGGAUGAGCAGGACCAGAAGACGCAAGCAAAACCAUCAGAGCAAACAUCUGCUGCAAGCUUCAGCAGAAACUUUGGCAUCAGAUCUGCAUCAUCUGCAACCAACCAAUCAAUCAAGCAAAGGAUUCACUCUUUUGAGACUUUUUCCAGUCCAGAAGCUCCAGAAAAGGGGAGCAACAGAAGACCAUUGGCUCCUUCAACAACCCUCUCUCCAGUGGAGAAGGGAUCCCGAGCCCCUUGCUCUUCCUAUUCUGCCUCAAAUGGAGAUAAUGUGAAGAACAAAACUGAAUUUUCCAGAGAGAUCCAGUCCAGAGAUCCAGCACCUAGUAAGGAGGAAGACAACAUACCUGCCUCUGUUGCGCCCUGUGCCAUUGCCUCAGCCAGCAAUGAAGCUUGUCAACAAACAACAGAAAAGUCCUCUGAAGAUGAAACUCAUUUUAAUCAGUCUACCACUGAUUCCAUGUAUUCUCAGACUAUCAACACUGAUGUGGAGUCAGGGAUAAAUGAUUAUCAGUCUGCUCCAGUGCAUGACAGCAGUGAAGCCUUACCCACCAACCUGGAGUCUGAGCUUGUGGAUUCUGAGUGUUCUGAAACAUCUAUGAGAUCCAAUCAAACUGAAGGUCAAAAUAGCUCUGACUGGACAGAGGAGGAAGGAAAGCUGUCAAGGACUGCUCGGAAUGCUGCUCCGGCCACAGAGAGUAACACCGUGAGCAACCCAGAGAGUGAAAGCCUGGGGAAAAUAAUUACCUUCAGUAAUCAGGUGUCACAAGCAUUGAUGUGCUCUUUGACCGUCUGUGGAGGUAAUCCUUCCUCCACAAACCUGCAGGACACCUCUUCACUGGACUCCAUUAACCAGCAGGAGUCUGAUCUAGCCUUGGACACGUCAGACAGAGGAUUCUCUUUCAGCCUGUUCACUUUGAAGGAGUGCAUCACUGAUCGAGGGGAGGGUGGAGUUCACAACGAGACUGCUUCUGUUUCUGCUUCUGCGCACUCUGUCAUCACAGCUAUCAAUUCACAGGAAAUACAGAAGAUGAUUCAGGAAGUUGAGGCUUUAGAUGAAGAAACACUGAAGCAACUAGUGGACAUCCAUGUUGUGAUUCUUCAUAAAGACGAGGGAGCUGGGCUUGGCUUUACCAUUGCUGGAGGGUCUGACCUGGAGAACAAAGCUGUUACUGUCCACAAAGUGUUUCUCAGUGGCCUGGCAGCUCAAGAGGGCACAAUUCAGAAAGGCGAUGAGAUAUUGUCUAUAAAUGGACAAACACUGUGGGGUGUCACGCACACUGAUGCCACCACUGCUCUGCGUCAGGCCCGGAAUCUGAAGCUGGCUGUCGUUGUCAUCUGCAAGAGAGUCGUGGAGGAGGGAAGAGAGGAAGGAAGCUGUAGGAGCGAAGAGCCAAAUCCUGCUGUGGAGGAAUGGGGCGCUCCAAUGAGUGUGGAGCUGGAGAAAUGUGCUGGUGGUGUUGGCUUUACUCUGGAGGGAGGAAAAGGCUCAAUCCAUGGAGACAGACCUUUAGUCAUCAACAGGAUCUUUACAGGGGGAGCGGCAGAGCAGAGUGGUCUGCAGAGUGGAGAUGAAGUGUUGCAGGUCCAGGGAAUAAGUCUGCAAGACAUGACUCGAUUUGAGGCAUGGAACAUGAUCAAGGCUUUGCCUGAAGGACCCAUCACAGUGGUCCUCAAGAGGAGGCUGGGGGGUGCAGAAUGACCGGCACAGCUUAUGGGCACUGAUUGAAGUAAAAAACAAAAAAACAAAAACAAAUACUCCAGGACAAACAAACAAAAACAACAAACAAAAAAACAGCAGCAUACAGCAGCCUCAGCAGCAAACAAGGACACAGAUGUUGGACUUUUUCUCUUUUUUGUUUUUUAAAAAAUCUCAUCAGGUUAAUAAUUCUUUUAGUUUUAUACCAAAGACAUUGCAAUUUUUUUCAUUUUUAUGCAGUAAUUUUGCAUCUACUUACUUUGAAUUUCAGAAGAAAAGAGUGAAAUUUCACAAGCUGUUGCUUUUCAAUCUUGUGGCGAGAAAAAGGAAACAUCCCACAUAUGCAAACAAGACUCUAAAACUGUCAAAUUGGUUAAAGAAACACACAAAACAAUAUUUCUCAGAAUUAAAGGACAACUGCACAUCUCGAGAAAUAAUACAAAACCCAGUUAAUUGGCAAGGGUUUGAACACUGCAAGGUUCGUUUUGCUUUAACUUGCUUGCUUAAUGAUAUUUGUACAGUAAAAGCUUGUAAUGUGGCGACAAACAAAACCAAUUUGGAAUCUGGAGGCAGCUCAACAGCUGCAGGUACCUGUGCCUGCCUACUGCUGCAGUAGCUUGACACUGAAUCUUAUUAUGAGAUUCAAUUAAUUACAGAAAUUGAUAUACUAGAUUGAAUUUUAUUUUUAAAUUAAUAUUAUUAAAAAGAGUUUCUGUGCUCACAGUCUAAGUCAUGUGCCUGAAAUAACAAUAUUAAUGGUAAUUAAUGGUCAUAGAGAUGAUUAAGAUGAUCACUAGUGUCUUUGCAAAUUUGUGAAGACAUUUUUUUUGCUCCAUGACACCUACAAAGUUAUGUAGCCUGUGUUUGUUACAUCUAGAAUGACAAGUGUCACCAUUGUCCAAGCAUAUAUGCAGUACAUGAAAACCUGAAAUUAGACACUGGACUACAUUUGAAGUAUGUGAUAACAAGCAGUUUUACUCCCUCUGCCACCAAUCAGGUCAUAUGAACAACUUCCUGUAUCUUCAAUAAAUGGCUUUAGUCACUGGGA